AUGACAGGAGGAAAUUCGGUGUCUCGUCCUAAUGCGUCCUCGUCGGAUAUUGUAGAUGACUUCACGAUAAAUCCAACACCAGCGGAAACUAAAGCGGAGACAGUGCCACACCCGAACAAAAGUCUUGUCAAUGCUGGGCAAGCCUGGCAAGAUGAUAUAAAUCUGCCAGACAAGGAACAAUACGCCACGCAGGAGAUCGAAUAUCUAUAUCUAGAUUUCGACACCGAGCUCCCCGCACCGGCUGGACUAUCCGAACCAAAUCCCGAAUUCUCGAUAUCACCGCCUCCAUGCCCUAACCUGAAAAAAUACACAUCGCCGUUCCUCUGGUCGAGUAGUCGCAAGUCAAUGACAACAUGGUUGGCAUGCGGUGUUACGCUGCUUGCUGCAUAUUCGGCAGGUGAAUAUACGCCUGCAUCGGCGCAGUUGCUCUCCGAAUGGAACGUGAGCCAGGUCGCGUACAAUGUUGGUGUGACCACGUUCACUGUUGGAUUCGGUAUCGCGCCGAUGGUUCUAGCACCGUUUUCUGAGAUUAAUGGACGAAGACCUGUUUUUAUUGCGAGUGGGAUUUUGUUUACGGCUUGUAUAUUUGCUUGCGGUGGAGCAAAUAAUCUUGCCGGAACCCUAGUCGCGCGAUUCUUUAAAGGAAUUGGCGGAUCAACGUAUUCGACAAUGGUCGGCGGAGUCAUCAGUGACAUCUACCACGCCGAAGACCGCAACACACCCAUGGCACUAUUCGCCGGAGCAGCCCUCUUCGGCACCGGUCUAGGACCCUUGAUUGCCGGAAACAUCGUGGUGCACGCGUCCUGGCGAUGGAUCUACUGGUCGCACGGAAUCGUCAGCGCCGGUUUUGUGGUGUUCAUGUAUUUCUUCUUGAAGGAAACUCGAGGCAGUAUUUUGCUAAGUCGGAAAGCGCAUGCACUCAACAGGUGGUAUGAUAGUUUAGAAGGAGCUGGAUACUUUGGGGUCUUACUGCCGUUAGAAGACGUGCCGGAAAAGCGUGUUGUGCGGAGGAUUCGAUGGAAAGUCAAGGCUGAUGAAGAUCGACAAUCGAUCGUCCAGAUGAUUAGUGUUUCGUGUUAUCGACCGUUCCAUCUGUUAUUCACGGAACCGGUUGUUUUCUUCUUCUCCCUUUGGGUAUCAUUUAGCUGGGCUGUUUUAUACUUGCAGCUCUCCUCCAUUCCGCUCGUUAUGAAAACCAGCCAUCACUUCACAGUUGCCGAGUCCGGCGAUGUCUUCACGGCAAUCUCCAUCGGCGCGAUCCUCGCCACGCUCCUUAGCAUCUACCAGGAGAAACUCGCAAUCCGUUUCGGGAAAAUGUCAAAUACUCCCGAAGGUCGUCUAUAUUUCGCCUGCAUUGAAUCUAUCCUGAUGCCCGUCGGAUUGUUCUGGUUUGGAUGGUCGUCGUUUCCCUCUGUGCCGUGGAUUGUGCCUACAAUGGCUGUGGCUUGUGCUACCAUGGGUAUUUUCUCGGUGUAUCUUGCCGUGUUUAAUUAUCUUGCAGAUACGUACCAUCGCUAUGCAAGUUCUGCGAUUGCGGCGCAGUCGUGUUGUCGGAAUCUGCUUGGAGGAGUGUUCCCUUUGGUGACUAAUGCCAUGUUCAACAACCUCGGAUUCCCGGCUGCUUCAAGCCUAUUGGGCGGUAUUGGCGCGCUUUUGACGAUUGUGCCUUGGGUGCUUGUAUUCUAUGGGCCAAGGAUUCGGGCUCGAAGCAAAUUCGCCAGCGAACUGGUUAAUCAUCAUUGAUACGAAGUGGCAUCCAUGUUUUGCUUUGACUUUGAAGUAUUUCUGUUAUGAUACCACUCAUAGUUAAAUUACCAUGUUACGUAAUUUACGUAAUACACGGUGGGAAUAACGUUAAGUUACCGAACAGAAAUUCUUCCCGAGCUGAGGCCAAUAAGAUCUCUAGAAGUAGAUUUGAACAUGAAGGGCACUCCUACUAGUAUAUUUUAGGAUUGAUGAUUAGGAUACUCUUCAGUUCCCA